GCACGGGGGCGGGUGCCUGGUGCUUAACCUGGUUCCUGGGCGCGGCGCUUCAGGGCUCGGUUGGUGAACCGAGGAUUCUGUGGGAAGUCUCACGUCUAGUUACGAUGAUUUCAAGAUUUCCCUGCGGCUAGAAGUCGCCUGGGAGAAAUCUGACACCAAUCAGCAGCCGCCCACCCCUCUCCUCCCGCCGUUAUGUAUGACCGGGCUCCCCGUGUGCUUAGAUUGGCUGAAGGUGGCAGCACCGAGGAUCGUGUGGGCCCUGGAUCUUACCAGGUUCCCUACCUGAAGCAGCAGGCAACAGGUGGCUAUGCACCAUUCCUGUCUUUGACUGCCAGGGAAAGUACUUUUACUGUCAUUUCUAAUACUGAGAAAGAUGUUCCAGGUCCAGGACACUAUAAUGUUUCAGAAAAGCAGUGUAAUAUAAAAGGAGGCCAAAGUCUACAAAACCGGGAAAAGCGUUUUAAGAAGUUUAUUUCAGAUGGUCCAGGGCCAGCAAGCUAUGAUCGAUCUUAUCCUGGAACACUGGCUGUCGUGAACAGGAAAACUCUGGAGGCUAAAAAGCAUCUUCAGUCAAAAAUGUCAAGGGCACUUACAGUUUUCAGAAGUGUUUAUGUUCCUUCAAUUCCUUUUGGACGGUCAUAUGGUUAUGAUAUUAAUGAGGAUGACAGUAUCAUAAAACAUUUACCACCUACCAAUGACAGCACACUAGGUCCAGCAUACUAUAAACCUCAAAUUGAUUUUUCCAGAGCAACUUUGAAAUACAAAGGGAUACAUUUUGGCAACUCUUUGGGAAGACUCCAGUUACCUAUAACAUCAGGGCCUGGUCCUGGACAGUAUGAUAUAACCCAGAAAAAGGCACCUCAUUAUGAAAAUGUAAACAUCAAGAAAGAUCAACAGCAAAAUAGCGGCUCAAAUCUCCGACAACUUUGUGAAGUAAAAAUAUUGCAGGAGGAAAAAGAG